AUGUUGAGAUAUAUCCAGUGCUCCAAAAACUGGGAAAAGGAAGACCAAAGUUUACUAGCAAAUCUACAAGGUCCCCUAGCUACUCUGCAAAAUCAAAAUGUUGCAAUACAUCCGUAUCGUGAUUGUUCAAAUUGUUCAAAUCGCGCUAUGGACGGAGGAGGAAAAUUAAAACUUGUGGCAGAUAUAAUGAAGUACCUCAAGAAAUCUGAAAAUGUCAGGCAAAAGUCUCCUUCACACACAAAUGACAACAACCAAUUGAGGAAAAGAGAGUGA